AUGGCCGCGCCUCGCCACCCGACGCCUCUUGCCGUUGCCCACCGUCGCCUUCUCGCCGCUGUGCACCAUCAUCGUUGCCCGAUCGCCGGCGCCACCUCGCCCCGAAGUCACCCCACCGCCUCGACCACGCCUCCCCACCGGACUGCCUCCUCGUCUCCGACGCGGCUGUCCCUGUCCCCCACCUCGAGCACCAUUGCCUCGUGCCCUACGCCCCGCGGUGAGGCCCCGCCUUCCUCUGCUUUCCCCAGCUCACCGCGCACAUGCCCCGCUCGCGUCCACGGUCACCGUGUCCACGGAUGUGCACCAUCCCUGCCCCGCACGCCCUGGCCUCCUCCCCGCACAGCCCGACGAUGCUCGCCGCCGCCCGCGACUGCGCCCGCUUCCGCCCCGCAGCCACCUGCGCCCGCGCUCGCGGCGCCCUGCUCCGCCCUGCCGCCCACUUCCCCCUGCUGCAGCUGUGCACCAUUGCUCCUCGCCAAGGCCAGCCGGAGCUGUGCCGCUGGCCGCGCCGUCCGCAAGCCCGUCUGCGCUCAUCGCCAGGCCGCGUCCGCCGCCUCCCCUUACUGUCCGCCGCUUUCCCGCACCGAUGCGUGUGGCCUCCCCACACGCCCGCAACAGCACCCCUCCGCGCCGGCUUCCUUCGCCGGAGACGGCCGGCCGGCGAGCCCCGCCGUGGCCACCGGCGCGCUAUAG